AGAAAUCGUUGAAAAAGAAGAUCCUGCGCACGAAAUAAUAGGCAUAGUCAGCUUCAUCACCUUCACCAGGAACAGAAUUUGUGAUUCGAAGAUGGCAGCACGAACAACUUACAGGAGCAUGAACAGGAUGACCUCUCGCCAUCAUGCUGGUGCAUCCUACCUGUGGACGGGAGCAUUCUACCACCUGUGGUGGGCCUUCCUCGGUCAUCUCCAGCUCUUCCACACUGCGUCAGAGGCAUUUGGUUUCACUCGAAAGCGGAUGGUCGACCAGAAACUAGUACAGACUCCUCCUGGUUGUACUACAGCCAAAGUUAAGGGUUUUUACCGCAUUGGUGCAUUCUUUCUUCACUAGCAUCCUUGACUUUUUUUCCAGUAGGAAAAGGGUCAGGGAUGAUCUGAAGAAUGCAAUGUCGCAACCUCUAACAAAGCCAAAGGACGAGCAGCUCCCAAUCCAAUCAUGGAUAAGGCUGCGGCAAAGGCUCGACUGCUACAACUCUCCAAAUCCGUUGACGAAAACGAGGAAUCCACGUUAAGGCAUCCGCAAAUCCAUCUUUCAGAACAUCUUGGCACUAGCUAGCACCCGCUUUUGAAAAAGAUGGAGAGAUGGCAUCUCUUCAAAUAAAGAACUAUUCAUCCUCACCAGUCUACUCGCUUGUCGGCAGGGUGGACCAAGAUGUUUCCAUCCGGGUAUGGAUUUCUAAUAGGUCUAAUCAUAACGUGGUGGACACUACCGGAUCAUCUACAACACGUUUUUGGUUUGGACAUGCGUCCACGAAAAGGAUGCAGGAGUGAACCUGACGCAGCGAGCAUUGUGUUACGAGGGUCAGCAUCUACUUCUGAGUAAUUUUUUUUUGAUUUUUUUGAUUCUAAUGGUAGUAGUAGCUGCGUCUGCGGCAAUUGUCUAUAUAUUUUUUGAUUUUUUCAUCAUGUGGACCGACACACAUCUGAGACCACUGUAUUAAACCCUCGUGGAAAAUAAAUAUCGUCGUUCUACUAGGUUUUCUGAUUUAUAAACACAACACAACUACUGUUAGUUCAGCUCAUCAUCUAAUGGUGGGCGCACGACAAGCGAAGGAAGACGCUGCUGUGAAAGAGGCGUUAGCGGAAUUCCAACGAAAAAAGGGUCCUCGCAUCGCCAGAGAAUUGGGCGGCGGCUUGAAAAACUGGCUUAGUCGAAUAGCGGGAGGCGGAUGCGCGGAAACCAAGGAUGAUGAUGGUAAGUGGUUCAUAGAGCGAAAGCUGUCUUGUUGGCCACUAGAAAGAGGAGAGAUGGAAUAUCGAGAAGGAGAAUCUCUUGAGAAGGAGACUCGGACAAGAUAUUCUCUUCUCGGACAAGAUAUUCUCUUAAUGCAGUCUCGGACAAGAAUAUCUUGAGAAGAUAUUCUCUCUUCUCGGACAAGCUGAAUAUUCCGGCUCUCCUUCUCUCCUUCAGAAGGUCUCGAGAAGGAGAGAUGGAAUAUUCAGCUCCUAACUUUUGUGACCUUGAUAUUGAUUCUGUCCACCACAACAACUCUGUGUCCUCUGUUGUAACGAGAAUUUUAGGUUCUUCAUAUCAUUCACAUUCAUACCACAGCGAAAGCAGGAACAAGCAUCAUUGGGAGUCACGAAGAAUUUGAGAAAUGGCGAAGGCAGUCUGAGGAAUCUAUCGGUAAACACGGUCAUUCUGAGGAGCAGGGGACGCCGGCAGACGAUGGUGCUGCACAGCAGAAGACGGAAGGAGCAGAAGCGAGUGGAGAUCCUGUGUCCGACAAGACUCCUUCGACUACAACUACUCCAUUAUGGCUAUUUCAGUUCUGUAACAUAAGAUUUAGUUUCGUAAAAAGCAGCGUUAGUUUUCUCGCGGCUUAUGCUCUUAGGGUAGAAGAUCUUCCAUGACCUUGACCACCAAAAACACUAAUCUAUCUGUAUCAUCUAGAGAAGUUCUCUCUAUCACAACCACAAGAACAAUACAAGAACAAUUUGCAUCAUCUUCUACCCGUCUUCGUUAUCACCUUUAGAGUCGUCCUCUAACAGUGGAAAUCGCCGAUACUCGAAAAGACGACGAAGACGAUUCUGCUUUGGAGAGAGAACCGACGACUGAAAGUGAGGUUAUCUUAUGGCGUCGGUCUGUGAAAAUAUACCAAGAGUCCAAGAAGCAUGUUUCAUGAUCCUUUCUCAAAAGAAAGCCAAUAGGAAUGCAGCUACCAGCUUUUUACCAAGAAAUAUCAAUGUGAAAAUCUUGCAUAAACGGAUCCUAAUAUAAACGUGGCCACUCUAGUUCUUUUUUAAAUAAUUGGAUUAAUUAACUCUUUUGUUUUUUGUUUCCUAGUUAGGUGUGCUCCACCGAUAAUAUGCAAAUCUUGCAUUAUAGUACCUAGAGCAUCUUGCAUUAGCACCUAGUUCCUUAUGAUGAAAACACUGAAGAAUCUUGAAACACUGAAGAAUCUUGAACUCCCAUUCUAAUCUUCUCCAAAACCCUGGAGAAUCUGCUCUGGGACGAACUAGCUGAGGAGUACCAUCAAGGCACUGUUCUUGGUGGAAAAACGUUUGAGGAGACAAGGGAAAAAGUAAGGAAACAGUUCAGUCGUGAAAACCAACUUGCAAAUCUGAAAGCAGCAAGAGAAAUUCUGAAGAAAGAGCAGGCAGCAAAGAAUGCGGCAGCAGCAGCCGCACAGGCUGCGGCGCUUGCGCAACAGGCGUGCGCAAUGCAAAUGAUGGCUUGUUAUACUCAGUUAUGAGCAAAUGAAUAUGCCGCUGUCCUAGCUCUCCUACGGAGGUACUAUGGUACUGGAAGGCCGCAUAAGUAGACAGUAAUGGCUACAAACGAGGCACCAUGACAUGACAUGACAUUUUCGUAUUAGUAAAGUAGAUUUUGAUGGUGGUGGUGCUCAGAGGUUCCAAUCCGCAUCAGAAUACGUAUAAUAAGAAAGCACUUGUUCUGGUACUGGUGUUGUAUUUUCACAGUCAUCUUCAGAGGACUGCUAGAUGACCAACAAGGCAUUGUUUCAAGAGCAUCGAUCACGAUCAUCAUCUUCAUACACCCAAGCAGUCGCAGCAGCAGCAUACUCGUCUGGGUGUAUGCCUGCGCCUCCACCGUAUGCUGCGCCAGCCACGAUCUUCGCACUGAUGCCAAAUGCUGGAGGACUGGGUCCGCCACCAAGUCGUCCGCCUGGAGGUCCAGGUCCCUCUGGGAAAAAGAACAACAAUAUUAGAAUCAAGGGAAAGCACCAGAAGUGAUCUGAACACUUGAGAGUGUUCAUUGAACAUCUGGCGGGUAUACAUUCUCCACCCAUUCUUGGAGAGAGUUGUGGAGAACAUCUGGCGUAGGCAGGUGGCGACUUUUUUGGAGAACAAGAUGAUGGGAGGAAAACACUCAGUGACUAUCGGAGGAAAACACUCAGUGACUAUCGGAGGAAAACACUCAGUGACUAUCGGAGGAAAACAAAGAUGGAUUGUGAACGAUUAUCUUCAGAAAGUAAGGUCCGGGUUUCUGCUCUAAAUUUUCAAAAGAUUCCAUCCAAAGAAAAAUGUUGAGCUGUAGUAGUUGAUCGUGCAUCCUGUUAUAUUCAAAGACGAACUCAGACCAACACUGCAGGAGCCAUCAACAUCUUCAUCAUGAUUUUCGUGUCUUAUUUGAGAUAGAUUUUGAUGUUGUGGUUGAUAUGGAUAUUCAGGGCUAUCUAAUUUGAACUGAGAACCAACUCACAUAUAGGGCAGCUUAAGAUCUGCGUUCCUUUGAUGUUCUUUAGGAUGAAAUUGAGUUUCCUGACAACUCUCCCACAGAAAACGUCCAACUACCACUUUACGAUGGUCAACAUCAACGCGCUAGUGAUCUUUACAAUGACUACACUGCUGGUAAAAGUAUGUAUGAAGAAAAU